AUGGACAGUAAGCGCAACAUAGACUACAAGUACUCGGCCGUCUACGGUGACGAGCCGGACCAUGUGCGGUUUGAAGCCCUUGACGAUUCUGGAGCAAACAAGAGGCCGAAGCAAACACUUCUCAAAUUCGCGAUGGGCUCGACUUUGAUUGCAGCGGCUCUCUUUCUUGCCGUUGGUGGCUCUGCCUCCAAAUGCUGCACCAAAACGGCGACCUGCUCAGGCUCGCUCGGCACCUGGGGACAAUAUUCACCCUGGGGACCUGCGCCGUCCAAGAUUGAUCCCGCGAUCCCGUCCGAAUGCAAAGUAACAUUUGCGCAGAUUCUGUCGCGCCAUGGUUCCCGUGGACCGUCAGCCGACAAGGGAGAGAAGUAUGCGGCCCUCGUCAAGGAGCUGCAGGAGUCAGUCACCGAAUACACGAAAGGCUUCGAGUUUUUCAAAGAUUACAAGUACGAGCUCAUCCCUGACGACCUGUCCCUGUACGGGGAGAACGAAAUGGUCGACUCGGGCAAGCUCUUCUAUAACCGCUACAAGAACCUGGUCUCGGAGACGGAGCCGUUUGUUCGAGCCUCUGGGUCUGGACGCGUCAUCAUGUCGGCUCAAAACUUUACUCAUGGCUACUAUGAGGCUCAAGGCCGCAAUGAUGGCGAUUUCGCCUCGCGCAUCCUUGUGAUACCUGAAGAGGAGGGCUACAACAAUACUCUGGAGCACGGCAGCUGCAAGCUGUUCGAGGACGGCCCUGGCAAGAAGGAGGGAAGCGCGAAGCAGAAGGAGUGGAAGGAUAUCUGGGUGCCCUCGGUGCAGAAGAGACUGAGCAAGAAGCUGCCUGGUGCCAAGUUUGACAUUGACAGCACCGUUUACUUCAUGGAGCUUUGUCCCUUUGAGACGGUCGCCUCACCCGACCUUGCGCUUUCCCCCUUUUGCCGCGCCUUUUCCAAGGACGAAUGGCGCAACUAUGACUACUACCAGUCGUUGGAGAAGUGGUACGUGUACGGCCCCGGCCGGGACCUCGCCUCUUCGCAGGGCGUAGGCUUCGUCAACGAGCUCAUUGCGCGGCUCACGGGCAAGCCCGUGCAGGACCACACGUCGACCAACUCGACGCUGGACGCGUCGCCGGAGACGUUCCCGCUGGACCGCAAGCUGUACGCCGACUUUAGCCACGACAAUGGCAUGAUGACGGUGUUUUCGGCACUGCGGCUGUUUGAGGGCACCAAAGACCUGCCGACGACGGAGCGCAGGUCGCCUGAGCAGCUGGACGGGUACUCGGCGUCGCGCGCGGUACCGUUUGGUGCGCGCAUGUACGUGGAGAAGAUGCAGUGCGCCGGCAGCGACGAGGAGCUGGUGCGCAUCAUCCUCAACGAGCGCGUGGUGCCUCUGCGCGGAUGUGACGCGGAUAAGCUCGGACGCUGCAAGUUGGAUAAAUUUGUCGAGUCCAUGUCGUUUUCCAGGAGCGGAGGUGACUGGAACCGAUGCGGCGAGUGA